AUGAAUGAUGAACUAACCAGAAAGAGUGAAUAUUUAAAAGGUUUAGUAAUCAUUUUUAAUAAAUUAAUACUAAAUAACACAAAGCAAGAUCUUUCUCCUUGUAGAAUCCUCACAUCUGCUAUGAUUCACUUAAUUCAAGAAUCUAGUUAAAUGUAUUGA